GUUCCAGAUGGUUUGACGUUGGCGCCGUGUGUUAUUCGCGUCUUUCUUUCGUUCCGAUCAGCAACGUUUCCGGUGCUGUUGAUCGCCUGGCCAUAACGCCAUCGCUGGGCUGCGUGCUAGAAAUGGUUCAACAUGACCAAAGGUUGCUGUGGCUAAAAUGUGGCCAGCUGUAGGGAAGUGGCGUGCUACAAGCUAACGACAACAAGCAGUGUGUGCAAGUUACAGAGAUUUGCCAGUGUUUCGCGAGGCGUUGGGUGUGCGUAUGUUUUGUGGCGUGGAACGAAAGGCCGUGGAGAACCGUUAGCAUAGUUUUGUGAAGAGUGUUGUGUGAUCCGAGCGUGUGUGGUGCCGCUCAUCUGUUUCCGUGCUAAAUGCGUGUCCACUGCGGACCACCAACCAUCAUCGACGGGAACGCAACAGCUGGAGCUUAGUGGUGAUAUAUAAAAAUAAAAGCAUCAAAAACAGAAACGAGAUGAUCUUCUGCCCGAGAGCGACAUCCCUGCUGCUGCAGUGGUGGUGUAUUUUUAUACUCUACACACAACGCACCGAUUGUGCAUCGUUCUUCUCAAAUGCCGAACCAGCAACGGCUGCGGGUGUAUUAUCGCUGUGCGGUGAGAGCGGAGAAACCAGCGAGCAGUACGUUAGCGAUAAGGGUCCGACGUCCAGCGUGCUGCUAGCCCUGCGUCCGGAACAUGGCAAAGCGUCACCGUCCUCGGCCACUUCCUGCAAACGCCAGUACCGGGCACCCGAUGCGUACAACUUCUUCGUGCGAAUGCAGCGCGUUCCAGCCGUCGGUUCGCGCAGCUCGGCAAGCAGAAAGUACAACGGCAACAAGUCAAGCAACAGCACCCAUAGCUGCCCGCUUACGAUUUCACAAUCGGCCAACGGUGAAGUGUUGCCCUCGUGGCGGUUAGAUCCAUGCCUGCUGGAAACGGCCGGCACGCUGGAAGAACCGAUGCGACUGAUGCAGGGCAAGCUGAACAUUGUCUGGAAUCAUGAUGGCAAUGCGCCUAACUAUCGCCUCCAGAUCACGGUGGUUGGCCAGGGUGCGGUUUGCCUGGAACGCGAUAAGCAUUCCUGUCUGGAGUACGUUGGCAUGCCGUUGCUUUGCAUUGCCCGGGAGCUCGUUUGUGACGGGCUGCCAAACUGUCCACCGCUCGGGACCGAAGUCAGCGAUGAGAAUGAAGCAAUGUGUGUUAAGCACCGGCAGCAGGAAUAUUCGGAAAAUCCCGUCCAAUCGGUAUUUCGUCAGUACAUCCAAAACACGAUCAAGUCAUUCUUUGGCGGUGAACCGAAAGAGCUACCAUCGAAACCCGCCUUCGGUGAGGUCGACAUUGGACUGGAGCAAAAGUUCGGUGCACUGUACCCGCCGGUUUCUUCACCGUUUCCACCGCCGGCAACCGAACCAACGGUGCAGCCACCCAAAAAGCACCGCAGCAGCCUAACCGGACUGUCCAAAUAUGGUCCAUGGGGUUAUCUGUUCCUCGGUAUGCUCAUAUGCGGCGGUGCAUUGCUAAUUUGCGGUCUGUGGGAGUGCUGUUGCCGAUCGCACAAACCCGAAACCGACAGCACGGAUGAUUCGCUACCGGAUCAGGUGCCGUCAUUUCUGCAAACAUCACCCCCGACCGGUGAUUCCGGUCGACAGGGAAUGGCCGCCGGGGACGGUCCCGCCACCCACAAUCUACCUCACUACGGAGAGCUUGAUCCACCGCCCGCAUAUUCGGUGCUGUUUCCCACCCAGAAACCGUCCGACAGUGGUAACGAGUUACCGGUGACCGGCGAGACCGCACAAACCAACAGUCCUAGCAUUAGCGAUAGUAAUAACAGCCGAGGUGAGAGCGAUGGACAUCCGCGGGUAGCAGAUGAGGAAGGUUUGGUGGUGGCCGGCGAAGCACCACCGUCUCCACUUUCAUCCUCAUCCGUUGCCGAGUCCCUUUAGCUUUAGUUAGGAUAGCAUCGAAUUGCCGAAUGUGUUGCAGUAUGAAUCGAGCCAAAAAAAGGCGCGCGUAUUAGUGAACGGCAGUAUUUUCAGGCAUCCGUCAUGUAAGUAGAUUAGUGGAUAGGGUUUAUUUUCGCAAGGAUAGGUUUUGAGGUACGCUCAUUACAUUAAUUUCGCUUUACACAACCAACAUCCAAAAACAAACUCAUCUAGCAAGUAAGCGGAAUUAGUCGAUGAAAAGGCUGAACCAUCUCCUUCCUGAAGCUAAUGUUUUACUACCAAACCAAAUCGAAGACAAACAGGAAAACACCCGACAUGCGGGGAGUUCGAAUGUGGGAGGGCGAAUGUUGUGGUUCGUUGUUGUGCUGAUGAAAGCGGUUGAGUACGGAUAGUAAUUGGGACCAGGAAACGAAACAGGUUAGUGAAAUCGAAUUACCAAGGGGGCAGAGCAGAGACAACAAUCGACGACGAUCAAGCAUUUCACCAUGACACGCCGUUUAGAAGCCAUUUCGGGAAGGUUGGACAGAGAGAAAGAGAGAGAGAGAAUGUUGCCCUGAAACAUUUGACCCAAAAAAAAAACAAAACAAAGCACAAAGCAGUGCACAAAGGGGCACGCAAAAGGAUCUGCAGGAAGGAAGACAAUUGUUAAACGCAUCCUUUCCCUUUCCCUUUCUUUCGGUCAGUCCUUCGGCUUAGUGAGUUAGUGCAGCUAAAAGUAGGUAAGUAAGUAGGACAGCAUACAAAACACACACCAGGAUAACGAGAAGCAUUAAAAGGGAACAGGGGGGAUCCAAACCAGAUAUGAUUAUCGAAUAAGACCGAAUUCUCAAACUAAUGUUUAAGAAAAAUCCAAACACACACGCGCAUUUAAGUCGAUCGAAUGGGAGAAGAUGGUACAUGUACUGUUGCAAAUACCUACUAACAACAAUACGUAAUGUGAUAUUAAUUUAUUGAUUAAACACGGAAUAAACAGAUCGCAUUCUUUCAUAUAAACCGGUU